AGAAUUAUUCUACAGUCUUCCCUUAUCCUCCAAACAAAAACUUCAUCAACUCUCUGUUGAAAGUUAUCUCCAAAAUUCCAAACUCUAAUGAUAUUUUCGUAAUUCCAGGCUCAAUUGGGGAACCAUGGCAUUUUCUCCAACUCCCAUCUCUGCUCUUUCCUUCACCAACAUUCAGAAACUGCCCAAAAGGCUCUCUCCACCUUCUGCUGCCAACUCAAAAGGCAUACCCAAAGACCUCAUCUUUAACCAUGAUGGUUCAGCUACAAAGAAGCUUCUGGCAGGGGUGGACAUGGUGGCAGAGCUUGUUGGAGUGACAUUGGGUCCAAAGGGAAGGAAUGUGGUGCUGCAGAAUAAAUAUGGACCUCCCAAGAUUGUCAAUGAUGGUGAAACUGUACUCAAACAGAUUGAGUUGGAGGACGCUGUGGAGAAUGUUGGUGUUAAACUGGUGAGGCAAGCCGGCGCGAAAACAAAUGACCUCGCAGGAGACGGUUCCACUACAGCUGUAGUUCUUGCUCAUGGUUUAAUUACUGAAGGUGUGAAGGUUACUGCAGCUGGCAUGAAUCCCAUUCAAAUUGCUCGUGGGAUUGAAAAAACUGCUGUGGCCCUCGUUUCAGAACUCAAAUUGAUGUCCAGAGAGAUUGAAGAUCACGAGCUAGCAGAUGUUGCUGCAGUUAGUGCAGGCAAUGAUUAUACAGUUGGGAAAAUGAUUUAUGACGCUCUUCGUCAAGUAGGUAAGAAGGGUGUGGUUACCAUUGAAUCAGGGAAAAGUACAGAGAACGACCUACAAAUUGUGGAAGGAAUGCAGUUCGAUCGUGGAUACUUAUCGCCUUAUUUUGUCACUGACCGAAAAAAAAUGAUAGUGGAGUUUCAGGACUGUAAGUUACUUUUGGUUGAUAAGAAAAUUACACACCCAGAGGAGCUGUUCAAAGUAUUGGACAAUGCAGUACAAGAAAAGUAUCCUGUCGUGAUAGUUGCAGAGGGCAUUGAGCAGGAAGCUCUGACUCCAGUGAUCAGAAACAAACUCAGGGGUGCGCUGAAGGCAGCUGCUAUUAAGGCUCCUGCCUUCGGUGAGCGCAAAAGCCAUUACUUAGACGACAUUGCCAUUUUGACUGGAGCAACGGUCGUGAGAGAUGAGAUGGGGAUUGUCCUAUAUGAUGUUGGGAAGGAGGUUUUGGGCACUGCUACUAAGGUUGUGAUAACAAAGGAUUCUACAUUGAUAGUUACCGAUGGCAGCACCCGGGAGGCUGUAGAAAAGAGAGUUUCACAGAUACAAAAGCUUGUUGAGAAUACUGAAGAAGAAUUUCAAAAGAAAAUAUUAAAUGAAAGAAUAGCAAGAUUAUCAGGGGGAAUUGCUAUUCUGCAGGUAGGAGCACAAACACAAAUUGAGUUGAAAGAUAAGCAACUUAGAAUUGAAGAUGCUUUGAAUGCAACCAAGGCAGCUAUUGAGGAAGGUGUGGUAGUCGGCGGUGGCUGUAGCCUUCUGAGGCUCUCUAAAAAGGUGGAUACUAUUAAAGAACUUUUGGAUAAUGAAGAACAGAAGAUUGGAGCGGAGAUCUUCAAGAGAGCUCUAAGUUAUCCUGUGAAACUGAUAGCUAAAAAUGCAGGUGUAAAUGGAAGUGUUGUAGUAGAGAAGGUUCUGUCCAACGAUGACAUGGGGUACGGAUACAAUGCUGCGAAAGACUGCUAUGAGGACCUAAUGAAAGCCGGGAUCAUGGAUCCAUCAAAGGUAGUUAGAUGUUGUUUGGAGAAUGCAGCAUCAGUGGCCAAAACUUUUCUGACAUCGGAUGCUGUUGUUGUCGAAAUUAAGGAAACACAGCCCAUCCCAAAAGGAAUGCCGCCAAAACUGCCGGAUAUCCCAAGAAUGCCUCCACCACCACCACCAGACCUGGCUAGUAUCCCAAGAAGAAGAAGAAGAAGGGCAGCACCACCAAUGCCCAUGCCAACCACAGGUGCUGGGCCCUUGGGCUUUUAAAGAGAGACUUGUAGCCCUAUUGGUGAAGAGCACGCAUUCACACGUGUAUGAUACACAGUGUAUCUGAGGUUCAAAGUUCAAUUUUCUUCUAUCUGUCAAUAGUGCUUGAAUAUAAAGAAUGACUGUACAAUGUAAAUAGUUUCAUUGUCCAUCUAAAAGUCUGCAAUGUGGGAAGAAUGCCACUCGUUGUUCAUAUGAUAUACUUGAUUGUUUUUCUGUACAAGAUUGACGCGUCAUAGGCAUUGAUCUUUUUGUCCAUGAUCAAAUUUCUCAUUAAUUAUGAAGUAACUAGUUAAAUGUAA